CACGACGCUGGUUUUAUGUUGAUUGUCGCGUUUGAAGAAGAAGCAGCGCGAAAGCGGCAUUUGUUCGAAUUAACUGUAGAAAAGUCAAUGUAAAAUCGAAAUUCUUCAUGUUAACAAGUAUUGUCCUGUUUUGUAAAAUAUGUCCACUAAAAGCGCUAUUCAAGUCUGCAUUAAGGUGCGUCCAUGUGAGCCGGAGCUGCCUACAUUAUGGCAAGUGAAGGACAAACGAGCCAUUCAACCAUUGGACAGCCAAGCAGAUCCCUGUGUUUUCGAUUAUGUGUACGAUCAGGGCUCCAAUAACCAAGAAGUUUUCGAUGGCAUGGCAAAACAUAUCGUCGAAGCCUGUGUGAGAGGCUUCAAUGGCACUAUUUUCGCCUAUGGCCAAACAUCUUCUGGAAAAACCUAUACAAUGAUGGGAGACCAGCAGAAUCCAGGCGUAAUGGUCUUGGCUGCCAAGGAGAUCUUCAAUCAGAUCACCAAUCAUAGUGAUCGGGAUUUCUUGCUUCGUGUGGGAUACAUCGAGAUCUACAACGAAAAGAUCUAUGAUUUACUCAACAAGAAAAAUCAAGAUCUUAAAAUAUUUGAAAGCAAUGGCAUGGUGAAUGUAAAUUGCGAGGAAUGCAUUAUAACCAGCGAGGAUGACUUACUGCAGUUCCUCUGCUUGGGUAACAAAGAGCGCACUGUCGGUGAGACGAACAUGAAUGAACGUUCCAGUCGAUCGCAUGCCAUAUUUCGCAUAAUCAUUGAAUCCCGCAAAGCCGAUCGCAGUGACGACGAUGCUGUGAUUCAGAGCAUACUGAACCUCGUGGAUCUAGCUGGCUCUGAACGAGCCGAUCAGACUGGUGCAAGGGGUGCUCGGUUAAAAGAGGGAAGUCAUAUUAACAAAAGCCUUCACUUCUUAAGCAAUGUGAUUAAAAGUCUGGCUGAGAACGAAGAUAAUAAAUAUGUUAGUUAUCGGGACUCGAAACUGACUCGCAUUCUGCAGGCUUCGCUUGGAGGCAACGCAUUCACAUCCAUAAUUUGCACCAUUCGCCCAUCAAUAAUGGAGGAAUCGCAAUCCACAUUAAAUUUUGCAAUGCGUGCGAAGAAAAUCCAUCUAAAGCCACAAUUAAAUGAAAUUGUAUCGGAUGCGACAAUGAUGAAACGCUUAGAGCGUGAGAUAAAGUUACUUAAAGAUCGAUUAGCCGAAGAGCAAGCGAAAAAUGAAAGUCAGAUUAAAGUAAGGCUCUUAGAGCAGAGAAUUAAGACCGAUACGCUCAAGAUUAUUACAAGCAAUACAAUUACUGAUCGCAAUAAAAAUCGACGACGUACAUGGUGUCCAGCGUCAUCGAAUCUGGAGGAAACGUCCACAGGCUCUCAAGAAAUCCCAGUAGCUAUUGGGUCGAAUAAGCCCCAUGCCAGUAUAAAACACUCAAAUUUACCGAAGCCCAGCUUCUAUCCUACAACUAACCGUCCAACCCAAAGAGCUUUAGCCGGGUCCAAAACUAUAAACAUUAUGAAAUCCCUGGAAGUCGAAGGAGAAACUAUGUCUGUCGAACCCAACUUUGAGCAGGCAACUCAUCAGCUCACCGCAGAUCACUCCAGAAUGAGAACAAUUACUCUAACUCCAACCUUAGCUCAAAUGGGGGCAAAAGGUAGAGAAUUGCUUGAACGCAAGCUUGUGGAGCUGGAAGCCUUCACAAAAAUAGAGCAACAGAUUAAUACAGAAUGGGACGAGCUAAAUGAAAAGUUAUCUACGGCAACAGCUCGAGUUGAUGAACUGCAGACAGAGAGACAAAAUUUGUUGCAGCGUUCGGAAGACUUACAAGCCCAAGUCGAUGAUCUGAGGAAGUCCAAGGAGGAAGCCGAUAAAAAAAUUGCAAGUUACGAAGAGCAACUAAAAACGCUAAAGGCAACCGCGGAAAGAUUGGACAUGGAGAAUCGUGCUGCCGUCGAGCUGGAGUUUGAAUUUACAAGUCAUAAGUCAAAAUCAAAACUAAGAGAAAAUGAAUUGCUUACGGCGUUGUCGGAAAAGGACAGUACCAUCGAAAAUCUGCAAAAGUCGCUAAAUGAUCUGUCGAGUGAGGUACUCCGGAACAGCAAAGAUGAUCAUAUGCGUUCCAUUUGCCCGGCUCUGGAAACUAGCUGCGAACUGAUCUGUCGCAAAUGUGUAGAUUUGGAACGCCUAUUAGAGGAAUAUAACAAUAAGCCCAACGACAAAAAUGGUGCUGUUGCAAUUGAUUGUGAAUGUGAACAGUUGAGAGCAGAUAUCGCCAACACUCGUGCUCAGCUUGAAGGCGUUCAGAAUGCCUAUAAGCAAAUAACCAGUGAUGUGGCUGAGAAGACGGAGUUGUGCGAUCGUCUAAGCCGUAAUGUUAUCUCUGCAGAGGAGGCCAAGUUUACGCUGCAAGGAAAAUGUGAUGAUCUCGAGCAAGCGCAGCUUCGUCAUGAGGAGCUUAUAAAGAUAAUGCAAGAUGAAUAUGACAAGAUUCAGCAGAAGUACAACGCUUUACAACACGAUUAUGAGAUAUUGGAACGCACUGCUAGUUCUACAGAAGAAGAGCACAAGAUGUUGCAGACUGAGAAUGAAAGUUUGCAGAGGGAAAUCAGUACAUUAAAACAAUGUGUUGAGGAAAUGCAAUUGAAACUUCUAGAAACAACUGUCUCCGAUGUUCACGAAGCUCUUGUACAGCAGCUUAAGACGAGCAAUGAGGAGCUCAUGGCGAACUUGGCCAAUAUGGAGACCAAAUAUUGCGACUUGCAGGGAGAAUACGAUGAUCUUUCCAAUCAGCUUGUUGAUAGUGUGCAAGACGGUGAUAGUUUGCGAGAACAGUUCACUGCGCUGCAGGAGACUCUGAAAAAGACGCCAUUGGAGACAGAUCGAUUGCAUGCACACAUUGAACAACUAGAGAAAGAAGUUAAUGAAAAAAAUCAGCUUUUGGAAGCCACCGAAAGCACAAUAAAUGAGAUGCGCGAACAGAUGACAAAUCUGCAGUCUGAGUUGUUGGAGAAAUCUGUGAUAGUAAACAAAGUGGAGGACUAUCAACGUCAGAUCGAGUCGCUCGAGAAACAACAUGCCGAAAUGACGAUGGUCUGCGAAGAGCUGCAGGAGAAGGUUAAAGAGACCACUAUUAACGAUAGUUUGUCAAAGAGCACAACUACUAUGAUUGCGCCUGAUAUUGAUUUUGAGCAGGAGCAAGAAAUUGGUAUUCUCAAGGAAAGGCUCGCCCAAUUGAAUGGCGAACUCAAACAGUUGCAGACUGAAAUUAAAAAACAAUUAAUUGUGGUUCAACAAAAGGAUGAACUUAUUGAAACGAUGCAAUUGGAGAUGCAGGAGCUAAAUGAGCGUUGUUUAUCCAUGGAUGUGCAGAUAGUAGAACUUCGUUCGAAUGUUCAACAACAGCAACAACUGCUUGAUCUGCAGGCUACCAAAUUGGCAGCCGAUGCCAAUCGAAUUGAUCAGUUACAGGAAUCCAAUGCAAAGCUAACAGAGCGUAGCAUUAAAGCAGAGGAAACGCUAGAGGAACGUCUCAAUCUGGCCGCGGACAUUGAUAGCUCGAAAGCAGAAUACGAAAAGCAUCUUCAGCAUUUGCAAUUGACACUGGACACUGCCAGGGUGGAAUUCGCUAAACAGGAGAAGAUAAAUAAGGAUGAACUUGAUAAUGCCAAUUUAGAGUUUUUGCAAAAGAUUGAGGUAAGCGAGAGUAGAUACCGAGAGAACCUCCAUAAAUACAAUACCGAAUGGGAAGAUCGAUUACAAAAACUCAAUUCCGAAGGUGAAGCUAAAUUGUUGGCUGUUAAUGCAGAAAUUGCUGCUGAAAGGGAACAAUUUAUUCAAGAAAAACACGAACUGGAAUCACUCUAUGAUGAGAGUAAGAAAACCAUUGUGGAGCUGCAAGAUAAGUUAAGCUUCAUGGUGGAAGACAAUGAGAAAGUAAAAGCAUACGCAGACUUCGAAAUAUUGUCUAAUGAAAAGCUUACAAAUCUGCAUGAAAAAUAUGAAAGACAACUUAAAGAUUUCGAGCAAUUAAAACUAAACUUAGACAGCUUAGAACUGGAAAAGAACGCGCUACAAGCUGUUGUGGAUGAUAACAAACAAAUCAUUCAGCGUUUGUCUCAAGAACUUGAAUCUGAACAAAAUGUGCGACAAAUCGAAACAAGCAAAUUGAACCGUGAAUUAGAGAAUGCCAUAGAAGCUAAUAGUAAAGCAAAGUCUGAGUACAGCGAACAAUUAGAAACAUACACUGAAAAAAUUAGCGAUCUCCAAGAAGAAUUGAGACAGGCGAACCUAAUGGCCAGCGACAUUGAGAAACUUAAUUUAGAACGGCAGCAAAUACAAGAAGUUUUAGCUAAGACAAAGGAGCACAAUAUGUUUUUGGAAAAGAAAGCAGACGAACUUGAAAGCGCAUUAUUAUUGGCUCAGAAUGAAGUAACGACACAUAGAACGCAGUUGGAGAGCUUGCAAUCGAAACUAGAUUAUACUCAGGAAGCAAAGAAUAACUUUAGUUCCGCGGAGGCCGCAUAUACUCAAAAGCUACAUGAACUAGAAAAAGAAAUGUCGGAGCAGGCACAUCAAUACAAUCGCAAAAUAGAGGAAUUGAUAAGUUCAGAGGCCGAACUUAACUUCAAGAUGGAAGCAUUGCUAAAGAGAAAGCUCGAGCUAGAGGCUUCGAACGACAAACUGGCCGCUUCGCAAGAGCUCUUGAAUCAGGAACGUGAACAUAACGCGAAUUUGCAACAAAGCAACGAUCAGUUGAAGUCGCAGCUAAAGGCUAAGCAAACUGAGUGGAACACCCUACAGCAAAAGCUGCAACAGCAAGAGACGCAACUAAAUAUUAAGCAAACUGAAUUCAACAUUUUGCAAAAAAGCGCAGAUGUGACAAAUUCGCAGCUACUUACAUUGAAGCAGACUCUUCAUCAAGCUGAGUCGCAACUUGAACUCAAACAGACCGAUUGUGAUACAUUACAGCAGUCCUUGCAAGAAGCAACGUCUCUGUUAGACAGUAAGCAGACCGAAUUUGAUGCAGUACAGCUGACUAUAAAGCAAAUGUCAGAGGAUAACAAAGAGGCCCAUGAUUCGUUGGAACAAGCAGAGUCGCAACUUAAAACAAAGCAGGCCGAAUGUAAUGCAUUGAAAGAGUCCUUGCAACAAGCAGCUUGUGAAUUAGAAACUAAACAAGCUGCCUUCGAUGCGUUGCAGAUGUCUUUCAAGGAUCUGCAGUGUAAGUUAGAAACCAAACAAGCGGCUGACUGUUCGUUACAACAAGUAGAAUCAGAACUCAAAGCGAAGCAAGCGGAAUGUAGUUCUCUGCAGCAGUCAUUGCAACAAGCAACUUCUCUGUUAGACAGUAAGCAAGCCGAAUUCGAUGCAGUGCAGCUGACUAUAAAGCAAAUGUCAGAGGAUAACAAAGAGGCCCAUGAUUCGUUGGAACAAGCAGAGUCGCAACUUAAAACAAAGCAGGCCGAAUGUAAUGCAUUGAAAGAGUCCUUGCAACAAGCAACUUGUGAAUUAGAAACUAAACAAGCUGCCUUCGAUGCGUUGCAGAUGUCUUUCAAGGAUCUGCAAUGUAAGUUAGAAGCCAAACAUGCGGCUGACUGUUCGUUGCAACAAGUAGAGUCAGAACUCAAGGCGAAGCAAGCGGAAUGUAGUUCUCUGCAGCAGUCAUUGCAACAAGCAGCGUCUCAGCUACAGAAUAAGCAAGAUGCCCUCGAUGCAUUGCAGCUAACUUUAAAUCAAACGCAGCUUCAGUUAGAUUCUAAGCAAGAGGCCCAUACUGCUGUGCAGACAGCUGAGUCACAAAUCAAAGCGAAGCAAGCGGAAUGUAAUUCUCUGCAUAAUUUCUUACAAGAAUCAAGAAGCAACUUGCAUCAAGUAGAGUCUCAACUUAAAGCAAAGCAGGCUGAAUGUAAUUCUCUGCAACAAUCUUUGCAAAAAGCAGUGUCUCAGCUAGACUCUAAACAAGCUGCAUUAGAUGCUUCAUUGCGACAAUCAGAUUUGCAGCUCAAAGCUAAGCAGACUGACUGCGAUUCAUUGCAACAGACCGUGCAAGAGCUUAAAGCCCAACUGGCGGCAAGUGAGGAAAUGGUCCUCAGAGCUAAAGAGUUACAAAUAGAAUUUGAUAAGCUGAAAUCUAAUCAAAAUAGUUUACAAGCUGAACGAGAACGUUUGGAUGCAACCAUUUCUAGUUUAUUGGAGGACAAACGCAAUUUGGAGGAAAAACUUUGCAGUACAAAUGAGAUUGUGCAGAAAUUGGAGAUGGAUUUAAAAAGUAAAUCAAAUUGCAGUAAUAUUUCGUUUGAUUCAACUACAUCAAAUACUUCACCAGCUCCUCGAAAGAGUUUGGAUCGGGAUCAUCAUAUACCGCGGAAAUCGUUAAUCUCUGAGUCGGAGGUGCGCAGAAAUAGGCGGAUUAGUACUCACGACGAGCGACGUCAGUCAUAUUGGAAUGAUUCCCGACACGUAGCCUGUAUGACAGAUCCUGUGGAUACCAACUGUAAUUGCACGGAACUCGAUCGCAAGUUGAAAGAAUGCCAAUUUGAGCUGUUCGUAAGGGAGAGCAAAGUGACCGCACUGAGCAUCGAGCUGAAAAAUCAUCCGUUGAAAGAAGAAAAUGCUCAAUUGAAGAAGCGCCUACAGGAAGAGCAGCAAAAGUCGCGAGAUGAAAUUAAGCGAAUGAAGAGUAAGAACUCCGAUCUUAUGAGUAAAGUUAACGCAUUCUCCGCAUCUGCUGCCAUCUCGUCUAGCGGUAAUUGCGCUGCGAUUCCACUUCAAAAGCUAACGAGUGUUGAGACUCAAACAGAGUCCGACUUAGUGGUGGAGCUCAAAAAGACAACAGAGAAAUUAAACGACUGUAUCCAGGUGUGUCGACAUCGCUACAAUCAUAUAAAGGAUCUGGAAGAGAGAUUAAAACAGAAUGAAAAUAGCGAUACUUCCAAUAUUUCUUCCCAGACAAUCGGUCAAAUUAAUUUGCUUAAGUCCAAAUUGGAGAUACAGAAAAAGGAGAUAGCUACGCUCACCAAUAAAUAUGAAUACGCCAAAAAGGCGCUAAAAUUGCGAAAGGAUGAGAUAGAAGAAUUGCGCAAAGGCGCUGGCACAGCCGUAACAGCAGCAUGUUCUAAAUAAUAAAUAGUUUUCCUUAGUAUUA